AUGAAGUUAAAAUAUUAUUNAUCUUCUUCCAAUUGUGCUCUGUUCGUUUGCAACAAGUGGGACCAGGUGCCGUCAGAAGAAACUGAUGAAGUGAAGAACCACAUCGUGAGGAAACUGGUGCAGUGCUGGCCUAGUUUAGAUCCAGAAUCUCAGAUUAUUUACAUGUCAGCCAAAGACGCAAGUAGGGCCCAGAAGCUUGGAGGAGUCACGAAAGAGUUUGGAGAACUCAUGAAUGGUAUCAAGUCGAUGGUCUUGAAAAGUAUUGAGUCAAGACUACAAAUUCAAUGGAGGUGGCUCGAUUACCUCCUUGCACGUAUUGCCUACCACACGAAAGCGUUCAUGCGUAAUUCUUCCGAAGAUCGUGAAAAUGUGAUAGCGAGAAUGAAGUUGAUCACUGACCGCCUUCAUAGCAUCAAAAGGCAGCAAGGUACCGUAAGCGAGGAGCUGCAGACGUUCCUCAAAGACAAGACAGACAGUGCUCUGAGGGAACUGUCCAGAUAUCUUAAGUCUCCAGAAUUUAUGGAGAAGUUUUCUUCGUGGUCAUUAGACGAUGUUCCAAAUACUGAAGGAAGUUGGGAGGUGACCAAGAGCUACAUUCAAAAGUCGCUGACAAAGCGACUUCAAGAGAGGAUCGUGGAAUGGGAAGAAAAGAAUCAUGUCUUUUCCGAUGCUCGGUCCUCUUUGAUUCGAUACUUUCGGGAGAGGUUCAGCUACGUCGAGGGUCAACUUCGAGCGCUAGAGGGCUCUCUGCUAGCUGGAGACACUGCCAGCUCAGCAAGUGGCCCUUUGGCAUCAGAUGACUUUAGCGUCGUAGAGAAAGUCUUCAUCGGGGUCACAAGUCCAAUUUGGGUUCCAGUCGGUCUGGUUGUCUUAGUGGUCAGUGUCCCAGUAGUUGGCGCCUUGGCCGUUAAAGAAAAGUGGGAGGACUGGAAUGAAAGACGAAAGUACGAAAAAGACAAGUGUGGCUUCAUGGCAAAAGCUUCCCAAGAAUAUCUUAAGGAAACAGUUGAAGAAAAACAUCUAAAGUCCUUCGUGGUGGAACAGCUUAAAGAAGCUGAGGUUUGUCUUAAACAGGUCUUAGCUCGGAUACCUCAGCUCAUAGAAGCGGACAAGAUGUUGUGUCAACAACUGAGAGAAGAAAGCCGCUCUAAGAAAGAGAUAGAGGAUUUCUACAAACCGUUACACGAGGAGAGUGUACAAUUAAGGCAUGAGAUGGCCCUAUUUGGCAUCACAGAGGUCCGUACCAUGGACAUCAGUUGCAACGAUUUGGAGUGGCAAGACGAUGCGCUUCUUGGAGGUGGAGCGUUCGCUGCUGUUUAUCGAGGAACAUUGAAGAUACGAGGAGACGAUAAACCCGUAGAUGUGGCUGUAAAAGUGUGGAACGAGGAGCUUAACGAUGCUACAGCUCGUGGCUUCCUUUCUGACACAGAGAUACUCAGGAGACUGAAUUAUCCCUUUAUUGUAAAGUUCUAUGGUGCAGCACUGCAAAAGGAAGGGCAUCAGCUGAAAGCAAUACUGGUGAUGGAGCUCUGCAAGGAAAACUUGAUGAGGCACAUUUUCCUGCAUAAAACCAAUAUACCUGGUGAGUCAUCAUCAUCUUUUACAGCCGCGAGGGAUGUGAUAGGAUGGGCAAAAGACAUUGCCGAUGCUCUGGAAUACAUUCACAGACAAGGUAUCGUUCACAGAGAUCUCAAGCUGGAAAAUAUAUUGCUGUCGUUAGAAAAUGUUGCCAAAGUAGCCGAUGUUGGUGUUUCCAAAGAAGCCAAAGCGAUCACGGGUACCAUGACGGGGACUCCUAUGUAUCUCGCUCCGGAAGUGAUGAAGUCCUGUAUGUACGAUUACAAAGCAGACGUGUACAGCUUCGGUAUAAUGCUCUGGGAGAUGUGGUACGGUGAGAGAGCCCUUCUUGAUGUGGUAGGAGAUGUGAAGGAGUUUUAUGACAAGGUGCUUGAGGGCGUAAGACCUGCACAUGUUGAAGGCUCGAAGAAGCCUCCAACUGGUUUGCGCGAUCUGAUGCAGGAUUGUUGGGACAAAAAACCUGAUAAUCGACCAGAUGCGACAAAGUGUCACAAGAAGUUGACUCAGCUCUAUCAGGACGCUGUAGCACCAUCUCAGUAAACUCUGAUUGUUAGGAAACCACCUUCAAUUCAUUUACUUUUUAAGUGUAUACUUUUGUGGAGCAGCAGUAAUCCCUUAUGACUGUUAUAGCAAAUAGAAUACCCUCACCUUCGCCAGUUUUCCCGUUUCAAACCGAGUUAGUACAUUAUAGAAACCUAUUUUGGUCUUAGUCAGUGCUAAUGUUAAGGACUGUAUCCUCCUGUUAGAAGUGUCCUUAAGGUUUUCCCCAACAGUCCAAUCAUCCUCUCAUAUAGUAUCGAAGAGUAUAUAACCAUACAACAAUUCCAGUGAUUAAGUAGAUUACUUUUACUUAGAGCCGGUAAACAUCUGUAUCAAUACCCUUAUAACUGAUUUGGCUUUUGGUUUUGAUUUUGGCUUAUAACUGUUUUGGCUUUAGACAAAUAGUGCCAAGUUGCAAAUUUAAACGAAGAGCAACAAUAAAAUGCUAUAGGCGGAUAUUGUUCUGACAGCAUGUAUGAUGGCUUUUUGCCGGAUUUAACGGUUAGUUUCACCAUCUGGUGUGAGACCCUUGUUAUUAGAGAUUUCCUAUAGAAAAUUUCGUUUUUUAAGUAUCUACAUGUAAUAAAUUGCAGGAAGGUCAGAAAUCAUCUACCUACUUCUUGCAUAACCAUAGAGAAAGCACUAAAAGGGCCAAAUCACGUGAAAUUAAUCGAAGUCUCCUUGAAAGGAUUUCCAUCACUGAGAAGCGUAGUGGUAUCCUUGGAUCUCCCUCAUUGUCCACCAGUCAUCGCUUCAUAGUAUCGUUAAGUAUACCAUACAAGAUUUUCAAUGAUUAAGCAGAUUACUUUAACACUUAGAGCAAAUUAGUAUCAAUUCCCUUAGGGCUGAUUUGUUUUCGCCUUUGACAAGUAUUGACCAAGUUGCAAAUUUCAACGAAGAGCAACAGGAAAAUUGGCUAUUGGCGAACAUUGCUCUGUCAGCUAAUAUGAAAGCUUUUUGCCGGAUUUAACAAUUAGUUUCACUAUCUGUUGUGAGACACUAUUAAAGAAAAUUCUGUUUUUUAAGUAGUUGUAUGAAAUAAAAAGCAGGAAGGUCAGAAA